UCCAAAUUCAAUCUUUAAUACAUGGAGUUCAAUGGUCAGAGUUCAGGCACAGGCACAGGCUCAUUUCCCACAGGAAAGACUGCACAAGAGAAAGGUUUCAGCUAUGUCCCUAAUGCUUAUGUAAUUCCUGCCCCACACCGCGCCAGUUUGUCCCCGGAGAUCGCCACUGUUCCUAUCAUUGACAUGGCUUCUCUAAGAUCAAAUGAUUCCGCUCAAAGGUCCCUAGCCAUUCAAGAGCUCAGAAAAGCUUGCAUUAGCCUAGGCUUCUUUCAAAUAAUCAAUCAUGGAAUCAGUGAAACAGUAAUGGAGGAAGCACUCAACCAAGCCAAUGAGUUCUUCAACUUACCACUAAAGGAGAAGAUGAAGUAUAAGUCAGAUGAUGUUCGCAAAGCAGUCAGGUAUGGGACAAGCUUGAAAGAUGGAGUAGAUAAAAUAAAGUUUUGGAGAGUCUUCCUCAAACACUAUGCUCAUCCAUUGGAAGAUUGGAUAGACUCCUGGCCCACCAAUCCACGUAAUUAUAGGGAAAAGAUGGGACAAUACACGAAGGUGGUGAGAAAAGUGAGCCUAGAGAUAAUGGAAGCAAUAACUGAAAGCUUGAGUUUAAGUCCAACGUACCUCAGCAGCAAAAUGGCUGAAGGAGUCCAAGUAGUGGCAGUAAACUGCUACCCGCCAUGUCCACAGCCAGGGGUGGCACUUGGGUUGCCACCACAUACAGACUACAGUUGCAUAACCACAGUUCUUCAAAGCAACCAGGGCCUUGAAAUCAUGGACCCGGCUGAUGGGACAUGGAAGAUGGUCCCAAAAAUUGCUGGUGCUCUGCAGGUCCAUUUGGGCGAUCAUGUGGAGGUUCUGAGCAAUGGUCUUUAUAAGGGAGUCGUCCACAGAGCUACUGUCAAUUCUGAGAGAGCAAGAAUCUCCAUUACCAGUCUGCACAGUUUGGGAAUGGACGAGAAAAUGAAGCCUGCAGAAGAACUUGUGGAUGAACAAAAUCCUAUAAAGUAUAAAGACAGCAGCUUCGACGAUUUUCUCAAAUUCCUCUCCAGCAAUGAUCUUGCUGAAGGAAAGAGCUUCAUCAACACACUCAAAAUCGAGGAUUAA